AAUUAUUUGAAUAUUUACAUGUAAAUAAAUAAAAAUAAUUUAUAGUAAAAAAGUGGUAAAUGUUAUUAAAGUUGCCAUCAAUUUAAGGAUUUUCCACUUUUGUAAUUUACUUUUGCAUAUAAAACAAAAUGGGUCGCAAAAAGGAUAAAAGAAGAAAAAAUGUUUUAAAACAACAUUCGAAUAAUAGUGUCGCUUUAAAAAAUGAUUUAGAAAAGACUUCAACUCAAAAUGUCAAUUUGUUGAACAAUACAAUUGACAUUAUUGCAAGAUUAAAUUUUCCGUUCCUAGAACCAAAUGCUAACGACAUAAUUUUUAAAGAAGAAGAAGAAGAAGAUUUUGAAUUUAAUUUUCGACCUCGUACAAUUUUUGCUUACAAUCUUUGCUUAGUGUGCAUGGAAAUAUGUGAUGUAUCAAUUACUUGUGAAAAUUGUCAAAUGGUGUCAUAUUGUUCAGAUAAUCACCGAAAGGAGAAUUUAAUGGAUCAUAGAAAUUUAUGUAAAAUUCUAACAGAAGUUUGCAGUAAAAAUAGGGGUUUAUCUUUAGCAAAGGAUCUGUCACCCGAUGAAUACAGAACUUUUCGAGUAAAAUUAAUAGAAAUAAUUGAACAGAGUUUACAACGAAAAUUAGAUUUAUGGGAAAAGGAAAUUAUUCUAUACCCUCGAUUAUGUCGACAAUGUCACAGCGAAAACAAUCUGAUGCAUUGUCCAGAAUGUAAAAUGGAUUUUUAUUGCUCUAAAGAUCAUCAACAAGAUCAUAAUCAAUGGUGCAAUCAAUUUAAACUCUUCCACAGAAUUAUUUACCUUCAAAAACAUCAUGGAUCAGUUACUCCAAAACUGCCAAAUCGAAUUUACAAGGAAGCAAAUUCUCUACCAGAAUCUAUGGAUGACUUAAUAUCAGAUUUAUUCUCCUCGUCGGAGUAUUAUAAAAAAAUGGAUUGUCAUUCAUAUGCAAGUCUAUCACACAUCGCAACAAUUCCACUAACAACUUUACUUGCAAUUCAAAAAAGUUUUAAUAAUUGGCAAAUAAUGAAAAAUAUUUCUAUUCACGUGAUAGGCGCAGAAUUUCAAUUUGAAUGCUGGAAUUUUCGAAUUUGGGAGAAAGUAUUUCUUCACUAUCUACCGAAUCUUAAAAAUUUAUCCCUGACAUUCACUGGGCCAGAGUUACAAAUACCAGAAAUUUUGGUCAAUUUUUUACAAAAAAAUAUCAAAAUUUGCAAAUACUGUCGUGAUAGCGGUAGACAAAUAAACGUUACUUUUAAUCAAGGAAAACUCUAUCAUGAAAUCAAGUCACCAGAAACAGAUAUUGUCUGUCUAUUUAAUCCGGGACUUUAUCGAAAAACAGGAUUUAACGGAAACGAUACGUGGCCACUGACUAUAAAAAAAUUUUCAAAUUUAAAAAUUCCAGUUGUUAUCACAGCUUACACGGAAAAGGAAAUACCACAAGAUAUCGCGACAAUAAAAUCAUUGUGUAAUGUUCAGGUAAUAAUGGAACCGCAAAAAAAUCCAUUUGCAAGUUUAAAACCCGACAGAAAUUUCGUCAGUGAUGACACAGCACCGUUGAUGUAUAAAAAUCAGUUUUUAUCGAUUAUUAAAGGUAUAAAUUGAAUUAUUUUUA